AUGGGAUCAAAGGCGGUGGUGAGGGGCUCCGGCGACGAGGACGAUGAGGACGGCCGCGCAACUUGCUGCUCCUGCGACUGCCGGCCCCGGUGGCAGCGAUCGGUGAAGCGAAAGCGGGAGGCGAUGGAGGCGGAGGUGGCGGCAGCGCGGGUGGAGGUGGCGGACGAGGUGGCGGCGUUGCGGGAAGCGCUGGCGAGCCACCAGCAGACGGUGGCGGAGCUGUACACGGAGCUCGAGGAGGAACGCGCGGCGGCGGCGACGGCGACCGACGAGGCCAUGUCGAUGAUCCUGCGGCUCCAGCAGGAAAAGGCGGAUGCUCAGAUGGAGGCGCGCCAGUUCAGGCGCUUCGUGGAGGAGAAGAUGUUCCAUGACCAGCAGGAGCUCGCCGCCCUCGAGGACGCCCUCUUCCUCCGCGAGCAAGCCCUCCAAACCCUCUCCGGCGAGAUCCAGUCCCUCCGCCGCCGCUCCAUCGACCUCCCUCCCCUCGAUCCCGGCGGCGCAGAGACGACAGCGUACGACCACCCGGAGGUCUGCGAAUACCCGCCAUUGCGGUGCUCCGAGCAUCGCCACUGGGAGGAUCGGGGCCUUGAGGACGACCACGAUCUCGACAGUUUCCCGGAGGAGCACCUGCAAAAUCUCGAGCGGAGGAUGGAGCAGCUGGAGAGGACGGAGAUGGAGAAGGACGUCGUGGUGACGGAGCCGCCGGGCGCCGUGGAUUGCUCCAGGAAUUGCAGAGCCGAUGUCGACGGCGGCGCCGGCGCCGGCGCCGGGGACAGGGUUUACACCGUCGACGCCGUCCAUGGGGACCCGCUGCCGCCGCCGCCGACGGCGGAGGAGGAGGAGGGGGUUAUCAAGAAGCUGUACAUGAGGUUGGAGGCACUGGAGGCGGACAGGGAGUCCAUGAGGCAGGCCAUCGUCUCCAUGCGCACCGACAAGGCGCAGCUGGUGCUGCUCAAGGAGAUCGCCCAGAAUCUCUGCCAAGACGCCUUCUCUCCUCCUCCUCCUCCGCCGGGAAGGAAACUUUCAAUUCGGCCAUCCACGGUGGAGUGUUCCUCGUUCAUGUCCAUGGUCAAGGUAAUCUUCGAGCUUCCAGUCAAAUAGAUGUGAUUUUUUUUCUCUUUUUGGCAAAAAUGGGGUUGACCUUGAUCGUUCUUGGUCCUUCAAAAAAUCAUUCGUCCAGGUUUCAGAUCAGUUCCUGUAAUCUUGAUGUAGAAUCAUCUUGGGUGGGGGGGAUCCAGAGCUCAAUCACGUAUGCCAGAAUUGCUUUCUAAAUAAAAAAAUCGAGGGCUACCCACAUUUUUUAACCUGCCCACAUUUACUUUCUUUUUUCUUGCUUUGGUAAACCUGUGACUGUUCAUCGUUGACUUAAUCCCUGUUCUGGGGCACCCAGAAACUGACCAUUGUCUGCCAGAGCUGCUCUCUGGAAGGAAAUGCAAAGCCGGCAUAAUACUCUCAUUUCAGAUCAUAUCAUAUAAUACUCUUCUUCUCGUCAUCACCCAUUUAACCUGCCCGCGUUGACUCUUCGUUUGUCCUUCGGUGAACCUGUCCUCGUGAUCAUCGUUGACCCUUUUUUUCUUUCCCCCCUUUUUCCAGUGGAUCAUGUCGUUUGCUAUCUGGGAACAGAAGGGCCAGAGGAACGAGUAAGUAUCUCCAUUAAAGGGCAAGAGAUCUCUUCUUCUCCCUCUUUCUCAUUCCAGAUUUUGUGGAGGUUUUCAGGCGCGUCUUCGGGGUGUCGAGCUCCGGCGCCGGCUUGUCGCUGCUUCUGGAGAAGCCCCCCCAUUUGCGGCAGCUGAGGUGCCUCUCAAGAACGAGUAGUUGA